CCCAGCUCCACCCCCUCCCCAGGCGGGCGGGCGGGCGCGUUUUCGCAGAGGGCUUUGCAGCUGUGGUAAGCUGGGGGCUGUGCAGCGUCCCCCGCUAACCUCUCCGGCCAUGCGCAGCGCCGCGCACGCCCUGCCUGCUGCUCCCGGCGGCCGAGGGCACCCGGCCUCCCGGCCCCCGCGCCCCGCCGCGAAGCCCCACUGAGCGCCCCGGGCCCCCGCCGCCAGGAUGCGAGAGGCCGAGGGCCAGGAAAAGCCGCCGCCGCGCGAUUUGGCACCCCCCGGACUGGCUGGAAGGCAGGUCAGCGGUUUGAGUGUGUGUUACCUUCAGAGGCCUACGAUCUUCCAAGCAAAGAACUCCGACCGAAUUCCAGAGUGCGAAGGAAUGCAGCGGUUGGAGGAUGAGCGGAGGUGGCUGGCUGUCCCUAAAGUCUACGUCCUCCAGCCUUGGAUUUUGAACCUUUUGAUGAAAUACGAACAGGUGGAACCCAGAAAUACACAGGUGCCUGGGCACAUCCUGAACGUUGUGAGUGACUUGAAGGCUGCAGACCAAGGCAGUGCCGCCGUCCUGCACAUCUCAGAUGGGUCCUACUACAUCCGGGUGGUUGUUUCCCUGGAAGCCAUGCAGAUGGCGGAAUGUGUUCAACUGCAGUCCGGGUUCUCCAACAUCAUUGGCAGGAUUAUCAUCUUGCAGAAAUACAUGGUGUGCUUCCAGGAGGAGAUCAAAGCGGAGGAGUGCGAGUUCUACCUGUCCGUCCAUCAGUUCAUCGUGUUGCCCUUGCAGAGGCAGAGGAUGGAGGCGCUGAACUGUAAUCAGGAGCCCUCGAUCCUCCAGAAGAUAAAGGAACUGUGGCAGGAAGAUGUCUGGAACCUGACCCUGGGAUCUGUGGUGUUUGACUGUUGCAGGAGAGGCCUCACCCUGAAGACCAUUUCCUCCUCAGGGACCUCGGUGUCUCAGUUAAUGAUCGACAUAGGGCAGAGACGGCUCAAGGUUUUGAAGCAGAAUGUCGAGGAUUGCCUGGAUUUACUGGACGCAAGUGAGGUGCCAGCCAUAGGGGAGAGGCUCCCUGUCACCAACUGGGAGGCAGAGCGCAAGAGAGAGGAGCUGAGUAAGGACGUCUUUACAGUACCAGCCAAUGUCCUGGUGAUCAGCUCAGAGGAGAAGGAGGCGAUUCGUGAUGCCUGCCUGGCAGGAGCUCCUCACACUGUUCCUGGGAGUAGCUGCCUUGACAGGGACCCGGAUGACAGUACCAUAGUGUCAUGCCCCAAUGACCCUAGUGCGAUGUCCCGAAGUUUGGACGUAUCCCUGGAUAAUCCCUGGGACAAGCUUCAGUCAGUGUCCGUGACUCUGUCAUCCUCCUUGGAAGAGAAGUCCAUUAUCCAGCCCAGCCUGCCAAGCACACAAGAGGCCCAGCUGGCCAGCUCUGCAGAGGAAGCGGCUAUCACGCAGCCUGACAGCAACACCCCAGAUUUCUUGGAGCCUUCCAGCCAGAAGUCCCCUUCUACCUUAUCCCAGGGUGAACCAGUGAAGACUGUAUCCCCAUCACUGCUGUCCUACAGCAGUACACGUGCCCCAGAGGUUGCCAGUCAAGGAACAGCUGCUGCCACAUUCCAGAGGGCACCACAUGUGGACAAAAACCGUGAUGCCAGCCAUGACAUUCCCUGCGGCCAGCCAUCUGGGGCUUUCCAAACCAAUCUGUGCCCUUUCUCUCCUGCUCUUCCUAUUUUGGGCAGCAUCAACAGCAGAGCAGCACCCCCUGCAAAUGGAGGGCAGGCUGAUCGUGGUGGCGUGGCUUCCCUCCCAGAUGUGGGGAACAGUGGUCUGACAAGCUCUGAAGGGGACACUGAGCUAGGGAGUGGAGCUGGGGGAAAAGAUCUGUGCAGGAGCAGGCAGCACAGGGUGACUAAGAGAAAGCUGCUGGUGGAUGACGGUAAGGUCCAUGGCCAGGUUUUGCCCAGCCCAGGCAAAACCCAUCAGAGAGCACAGAGGAAACCUCCCCAUGCGGAUGUGCCCAUGGGGGACAUGCGCUGCAUGGACAGGAAGAUAGUGGGCCAGAACCCAGGUAUGGAGUUGGUGAGUGCUCAGAGAGCCAAGAAGAGCAGGCAGGAGCAGGCCGGGCCAGCUCAGGAGCCUGCACUGCCUGGGGACCCGGAGGGGCUGCCAGGAAGGGGGAAUGAGACAGCUGCAGUCGGGAGCAUGGCUACAUCCAGGCCAGGCCAGCAACAGUAUGUGAAAACAACCCCGUUUCAAUACACCUACAAGGCACCAACACCAGAUCUCUGUGCCCGAGUGAACUCCACCAGGAUCUCGAAGGCGAUGCUGCGGUGGGCCUGCUGGGUGAUCACCAAAGCUGAGCAGCCCUGAGGCCCUGGUGGAGUUCCAACGUGCUAUUCAGAGGUUCUCCUGUUCUUGUUCACGGCUUACCCAAAGGGAAGAGCAUGACUCGAUAUCCCUACAGAGUAGGCUCUCUGGGGCCAAAAGGAAGGUCCGUUGGCACUCAAGUUACCCAAAAGGCACUCCAAUCCCCACAACUCCAGCCCAGACUCUUGGAAUAGCUACUGUGCUGUAUGCUGGGAGUCCCCUGCCACAGUGGGGGCAGCUGAAGGGCUGUGGCUGCUGCAGGGAAGCAGCAUGCGUGACCCUUUGCUGGCAUGGUGUGACACUGCUGAAUUUCAGGCUUAGCUAUGGCUGGGAGGGGCAACUGGUUUUCUUCCUGUGCUCCACGGAGAAGGGCUGGUGUAGGGCAAGUCAGGUAGACAGGAUACCUUGCUGUGGGAUAUUCUGCUCUCCCUCCUCCCUACAAUCACCUCUUCAGCAUGUUAAACCCCAGCUGGAAAGCAAUGCCCUUCAGCGCUCUGCCUGUCCCGCACACCUGCCCGGUCUGUUAUUUGUCAAGGAAUGCAAUGAGCGAGGAUAGGAGCAGGCAUCUCAAAAGCACACGCAGAGCACCUAUGAGCAAGGGGCUUGCUACAUCUCCUUACAACCUCCAGCAUCCCUUAACUGGGCUAAUGCCCCAGCCCUAGGCUCCAGCCAGAGGAGUUCCCAUGUUGUAGCAGAGGUUAGGAAAGCACUGGUAGCGUUCCUUAUCCGCAGCAGUGCACCCCUCUACCAGUUGCAGCUCUGGAGUCAAUGCAGUAGUGUGGUCUUUUAAUGCUUUGUUUGUUACAAAAUAUUUCACAUGGUUUAUGCUUUGGAAAUGAAAAAUAAAAAGUUGUCUGUUUUUAAA